AUGACUCGCUUGACCCGGAAGGUGAUCAAGUUUACAUGGGAUAAAGCCUGUGAGUUAUACUUUCAAGAGUUAAAGACAAGAUUGACUACAGCUCCAGUAUUGGUGACACCCAAACAUGGCUUGGGUUAUGUGAUCUAUCAUGACGCUUCACGUGAUAGUUUGGGAUGUGUGCUGAUGCAGGAUGGUAAAGUUGUGGUUUAUAGGUCUCAACAGUUGAAGACUCAUGAACAGAGGCGAUGGGUUGAAUUCUUGGAGGACUACAACUUUGAAUUACAGUAUCAUCUGGGCAAGGCAAAUGUGGUAGCUAAUGCCUUAAGCCGGAAAUCUCGAGGGACUUUGGCCGGUUUAGCCAUUCAGAAGUGGAAGAUACUUGAGGAUUUGGCAGAAAUAGGAUUGUCUUGCUUUGAUGAUGAUGUUGACAAUGAGUCAGCAUUCUUGUUUAGUCUCGUGGCUCAGCCCACUCUUGUUAGACGACAAGUGGUUGAUAUAAUGUCCCAGCCGACUCAAAAUAUGGAAAGUGUGUCAUCUGCAUCAGCUACACAACCUACAAGUUUUGAUGCACCAAUUGAAAUCAAUUCUGAAUCAGCACCCACUCCAAGUUUAGGGGUCACAGGACUCGCAACAUCACAUGCGAGGAAGAGAAAAUUGACUUCAAAAGUUUGGAAGGAUUUUGAAAAUGUGAUAUUGGAUGGGCCAAAUGGGGGGUCUUUUGCUAUUUGUCAUCAUUGUAAGAAGAAGCUUGUUGCUGAACCUUCAUCCGGUACUAGUCAUUUAAAACAACAUUUAAAGAGGUGUGUGAAGCGAACUAAUACUGAUAUACGUCAAAAAAUGAUUGCACGUUCUCCAAAUGUUGAUGGGUCAAUGCAAUUUGGCAAUUUUACAUUUACCCAAGAAGUUUCAAGGAAUGAACUUGCUAAUGCAAUUGUUUUGCAUGAGUAUCCUCUUAGUAUUGUUGAGCAUAUUGGAUUUAGAAGGUUUGUUAGCAGCCUCCAGCCCGGCUUCACAACGAUGACUCGGAAUACAAUCAGGAGUGAUAUUAUGAAGCUUUAUCAGUCGGAGAAAGUGAAAGCUUAUUGGUUGUUUGACAAACUUGAGAGCCGAGUUGCUAUCACGACUGAUAUGUCGUCUUCUAGACAGAAAAGAGGUUACAUGUCAAUCACUGCUCACUAUGUUGAUGAAUUUUGGCGCUUGCAAAAUAUGAUUAUUGGGUUUGUUUAUGUGCCUUCUCCACAUACAAGUGAGAUUCUCUGUGAUGCACUUAUGAAUUACUUCUUGGAUUGGAACUUGGAUAGAAAGAUAUCUACUAUUACGGUAGAUAAUUGUACAACCAAUGAUGCAUUGAUUCAGGGUCUUUCGAAUAAGUUGUCUAUUCGUAGUAAGUCACUACUCUUAGAUGGUAAAAAAUUUCAUAUGCGUUGUGUUGCACAUAUAUUAAACUUGAUUGUGAAGGAUGGUCUAGAUAUAAUUGGAGGCACAAUUGGGAAAAUUCGUGAUAGUGUUCACUUUUGGACGGCUAGCCAAGCUAGAGAAGAAAAAUUUGUGGAGGCAGCCAGUCAAUUAAAAAAUCCAUGCCAUAAAAAACUGUUUCUUGAUUACAAAACUAGAUGGAAUUCUACAUAUUUGAUGCUUGAAACAGCUAUAUGUUAUAAGGAUGUGUUUCCACGACUGAAACAACGUGAGAGACUUUAUACAUCUUUGCCAUCGGAGGAGGAAUGGAGCUUAGCACAGGAAAUUUGUUGGAGAUUGGAACUAUUUUAUUCUAUUACUGAAAUUUUCUCUGGGACUCGACUUCCAAAAAUUUGUGAGGUAAAAUUGGCAUUGCGUUGUUGGUGCAAUUGUGAGAACGAGGUGGUAAAAAAAAUGGCAGCAAGUAUGAUAGAGAAAUUUGAUAAGUAUUGGAGUGAGUGCCAUCUUGUUGCAAGAAUAGCAAUAGUGUUAGACCCAAGGCAUAAAAUGACCUUUUUGGAGCUUGUUCUUCAGAGGAUACACGGGGACGAAUCUUUCUCUCAAAAAAAUCGUGUACGCCAAGCAUGUUUUGAUUUACUUCAAGAGUAUCAAGAUAGAAGUAAGGAGGGAACUAGUCUAAGUGAAGAUCUAAGUGGAUUGGCAGCAUCUUUAAGCUCUACAAGUAAAGAAUGGGACAUUUAUGCUGAGUAUGAUAUAAUUGUUAGUGAUUUGUCAAGGAUUGGGAAUGUGAAAUCAGAGUUAGACCAUUACGUAGAUGAACCAGUCUUGCCACGCACCAUGGAUUUUAACAUUUUAAAUUGGUAG